AUGCAGAUUAUAAGCGCACAACCAACCCACCAAAGCCAAGGCGAUAUCGAAAAGACUGCCGCAGAGACGGCGGCGCGAUUCCAAACCAAGGACGCCACUGAGAAUGUCGAAACGCCGUGGAAUGAGGAAUUCCUCGUUGCUUUCAGCCCAGAUGACCCCGAGAAUCCCUUGAACUGGUCUAACAAGUUGAAAUGGGGAGUCACCACAGCAGUCGCCAGCACUGGUUUCAUCCGAAUAAUGGUUUCAACGAUGAUGGCUCCGGCUAUCGAAACCAUCGCCAAGGAGCUGCAUAUGACCGCCAUCGAAUCGACAAUGGCUCUGUCUGUAUAUGUUUUGGCGACUGCCCUGGGACCAAUGGUUAUUGGCCCUCUAUCUGAAGUAUACGGCAGGAAAUCCAUCUUUCAUGUCACCAAUAUCUGGUUCCUGGCCUGGAACCUCAUCUGUGGCUUUGUCCAUUCAAAAGGACUGCUUAUCGCUGCCCGCUUCCUGGCUGGCUUUGGUGCCAGUGCAGUAUUCAGCUUGGCAUAUGGCGUGCUCGGCGAUGUGUGGCCACCAGAGCGGAGAGGACGUUCCCUGAGCCUGUAUCUGCUCAUUCCACUGACUGGUGGUGCCGUGGGCCCCAUAAUAGGCGGCUUCAUUGUGCAGUAUUCUACCUGGCGCUGGAUGUUCUGGUCGACUGCAGUGUUUCAAGGCGUGCUCGAGCUGUCGUCCUUGAUGAUAUUCUACGAAAGCUACGCGCCUGUCCUCCUGCGUCGACGAGCUGAGAAACAGCGCCAAGAGACUGGUGAUUCUCGUUACUAUGCUGAGAUCGAGAAGCGUGAAUCUGGUCGCUCUACUGCCUGGAAGAUUCAGCGAAGUCUAACGCGCCCUUUUCGUCUACUGAUGUUCCACUCCAUUAUUCAGAUGGAAGCCAUCUUGGAAGGUAUCAACUACGGCCUGCUCUACUUUACACUAUCUAGUUUCUCUACUCUAUACGUCAACGCAUAUGGUGAAUCUAUCGCCAUCUCUGGCUUACACUACAUUGCCAUCUGCCUGGGUGAACUGAUUGGCUCUCAGAUCUGCGGGCCGGUAAUGGAUUACCUCUUCACGAGGUUGAAGAGUCGCGACGGCAGCACACGAGUGCCCGAACUUCGGAUUCCGCUCAUGUUGCCCGGCGCUCUACUUACACCCAUUGGCUUCCUCCUCUAUGGUUGGUCUGCAAGAUAUCAUCUCUUCUGGUUGGUUUUGGACAUUGGAGCGGUUUUGUUGGCACUUGGCAUGCAGGUUUUUGAUACCACCUUGCGCGCCUAUGUUAUGGAUGCGUAUGCCGAACACAUCAGCUCGGCGUCUGCUGCAACACAAGUGCUGAAGAGCUUGUUGGCUUUUGCGUUUCCGCUCUUUUCUGAUAGCAUGUACCAGGCGCUGGGUUACGGAUGGGGAAACAGUCUGCUGGCAUUUCUGUCGAUUGGUAUUACAGUACCGUCGAUAUGCAUCCUUUGGUAUUUUGGUGCGAGGCUGCGAGCGAGGUUGCCAUCGAGCUACUAG